AAGCCCUCAACAUUCGAAGGCUCUACAUCGUCCAUAUUUUCGACUCAAACACAAGUUGUGAAGAAACCCGUAUCACCGCUUGUCAAUUGCCAUGGCCCUGGAGGUCCUCCCUAUCCCACUGACAUGGACACUUCUGCCGGUCCUGGCUGUUCUGUUCUACCUGUAUGCUGUUCGCCCGUUGUUUAUCUUUAGGAAAAUGGGAGUCCCAGGACCAACCCCUUUACCGGUUAUUGGGACUACUUACUUGACUGCGUUUUGGGGAUUUUACAACAAUAACAUUUCUGUCUCAGAUGUGGGACCAGUCAAGGGGUUCUUCAAUGGGAUGACUCCAGCUCUUGUAAUAAGUGAUGCAGAGAUGAUGAAGGAGAUUUUUGUGAAACAGUUUCACAAAUUCACCAACCGCCAGACAGACUCACAGAUGAUCAAUGUGAAGCCCCUGAGCCGCAUGGUGUUCCAGCUACUGGACGAUGAUUGGAAGAACGUACGGACAACACUUAGUCCGGCCUUCAGCAGCAGCAAACUCAGACAGAUGACAGGUGCCAUGAACAGCUGUGCCGAGCAGCUGGUGGAGAAUAUAAGCAGCUUCGCGACAACAAAGGAGUCUUUUGAUGUCAGGCAGUUGACCGGUGCAUUCACUAUGGAUGUCAUCGCAAGGACCAUCUUCGGUACUGAGAUUAACUCACAGCGGAAUCCGCAGGACCCGUUCGCCAUCAAUGCAAAGAAAUCAUCCAACAUCAACUUCAAUAGUCCACUAAUCUGGCUCUACUUGCUGUUUCCCGGUACCAUGAAAAGGAUUUGCGAGUUCCUCGACUACCAACUGUUCUUCCCUCGAGAGGCUACCGAUUUCUUUAAUGGAGUUAUGGACCAACUCCUGUCUAUGAGGGAGACUGAUGGAGGAAAAGGACGUGUAGACAUGCUGCAGAUAAUGAUUGAUGCUCAUAAGGAGAAGGACGAGGACAGCACGGACGGAGCAAAGGCUCACGGGAAGAAACAACCUCUUACUAGAGACGACGUUGUUGCAAAUGGAAUCGGCUUCUUUAACGCGGGUUACGACACUGUCUCUAUCACAUUGUCCUUCCUGUUGUACCAUCUGGCUCUCGAUCAGGAGAUUCAGGACAAAGUCAGACAGGAGACUUACCAAGUUACUGACGGGGAAGUACGUUAUCUUGUGUAUUUUAUGUACUGUAAGCUAUUUCAUUGUGGCAUAAUACAUGUACACUACAAUUAAAUGGGUCAUUUUUACCCAUCUCUUCG